AUGUUGCCGGCAUCGUAUCAGUCAUCGGACACAUCAAAAGAUAGCAAGUGGCCUCAGCCAUUGCAGUCCGAUCCUGCCCAAAGAUACCCCAACCUGAUGUGUAAGUAUCAUGGCACCCACGGCCACAGGACCAAAGACUGCCGACAACUAAGAGAAGAAGUAGCCUGGUUAUUCAAUAACGGACACCUCCGAGAGUUUAUAAGUGAUCGACCAAAAACUCACUUCAGGAAUAGGGACUCCAACAAGGAGACUGAGCAAGAGGAACCUCAGCACAUCAUCAACAUGAUCAUAGGUGGAGUCGACAUCCCACAUGGGCCAAUACUAAAGUGCACUAAGGUGUCCUUUACAAGGGAAAAUCGAACCAGAGAUUACAUGCCGGAAGGGACCAUCUUUUUCAAUGAUGAAGACACUGAAGGCAUCAUGCAACCUCAUAACGAUGCCCUGGUAACUCGGCCAAUAUCAUCAGAUCGAGGUCAUAGAGCACCUGGGUUUACAAGGCCAAAUAGUGCCCGCUGUCCGGGUCUUAAACGGAUUCAAGAUGGCAUGUGA